AUGUGGGAAGAUCAAGAAAAAAAACAUCUUUACGUAAUAUGGCAUAAUAAAAAACAACCUGAACAAUGUUGUUUAGCUACAGCUACAACAGCCGCAGCCGCCACCACCACCAAUUGGCGCGUACUAUAUUUAGUUACAGCAAAAGCAACAAAUAAGUCAAUUAAAGGAAUAAUUCAAAUUGUAGAACGUGUAAACAAUAAUUCUGAUCAAAGUGCAGUUGGCGGUGUUACCAGUGUCGGCGCUAAUGUUUAUCAUGGUGGUGGUGCUGCUGCUUCUCGAACCGGUUGUGGCGUUCGUGCUCGAAUUGGUAGUGGUGUUGCUUAUAAUGUCGGUCGUGUUGAUACAUCUCGAUGCAUUACAUCUAAUAUUGGUGCUCCACUUAUUAAUAGCUCUCGUCUUCGUAUGUCGCGUACUGCCCAGGUCGAACAUGUCGGUCACCGGAUCCCAUAG